GGGAAAUUAGCGCCUAAAAUGGUUUACAUUCAGUACUAGGGUUUAGUACCGCAGACGCCACAGUUUUGCCUGCUCUCUAGGGUUUUAGAGUGUAGUGCAAUUUGAACCACAGCAAUGGCGUUCUGGGGAAUUGAAGUAAAGCCAGGCAAACCAUACAUUCAUCGGUACGAUGAUGAGAGAGGGAGGCUUCAUGUAUCUCAGGCGACCUUAGGUACUGGGUCGUCGACUAAGAAGAGCAUAGUACAGUGCAAGGUGGGAGAUAAGAAGCCUAUUUACCUGUGCUCACUGUUGCCUGAAAGACUUGAGACUUGUGCAUUGAACCUCGAGUUCGAGGAGGAUGACGAAGUUACCUUCGAAAUUAUUGGCCCUCAUAGUGUGCAUCUUACUGGCUUCUUCUAUGGUGAUACUGAGGAUCAGGAUAAUGAGGGAGAUGCUUAUGGGUCCGAUCUUUAUGAGGAGGAUAUUAUGUUGACUGAUUCUGAAGAUGGGGAUGAUUCUGAAGAUGAGGAUGAGGAGGAUGAGGAGGAUGAUUAUACUGAUGAUGACUUUGGCAUGUACCCUCCUUCCCCUGUUCCCAAUAGUGGAGUGAGAAUUGAAGAAAUAGUGGAUGAAGAAAAAUCCACCAAUGAGAAUGGCACGUCAAAACGAGCAAAAAAGAAGAAACUUCAGUCAAGCAUGUCUAAUGACAAUGAGAACUCCAACCGCCAGAUUGUUGUCAAGGCUGGAACUGGUGUUCCUAUCUUGGAAAGUGAAGAUGAAGAUGGUUUCCCCCUACCCGCACGUGGAAACAAAUCUAUUUCAAAAUCUGAAGCAAAAUUAGAGGACACCAAUAAUGAGAGGAUUGGUGAGAAGACCCAGAAAAAGAAUGAAAAAGAUGAUGUGGCUCAUAUCAAAAGUUUGAAAAGAAAAAUUGAUGCUGUUGGCCAAGAUGGGGAACCUGCGAGGGAAAAUAUUGAACCAUGUGGCUCUACAGCCCAACCUGAUAUCCCUGAAAAUGAAGUUAAGCAAAAGAAGAGAAACAAAAAGAAAAAGGUAGCAGAGAAAGCAGAGAGUGCACCAGGAAAUGGGAUGCAAAAUUCCAAUGGCACAGACGAGUCACCAGUAGCUGAAAUUGGAAGUGAUCUGAAGCCAUCUUCUGAAAAGAAGAAAGAAAAGAAAAAGAAGAAACAGAAUAAACAACAAGAAGUUGCACCAACUCCAAGUGCAGAGGAAAAACUAACAGAAAAAAAGGGAACUAUUGUGGAGAAACAAGAGAAGGAAGAAGCCAAAUCAUUGCAAGUGAGAACAUUUCCCAAUGGUUUGGUGAUAGAGGAGUUGGUAAUGGGUAAACCAGAUGGAAAAAGAGCUUCUCCAGGAAAAAAGGUCGGUGUCCAUUACAUAGGCAAGCUGAAGAAGAAUGGCAAAAUCUUUGACUCAAACAUUGGAAGAGCACCUUUUAAAUUUCGUCUAGGUAUCGGUCAAGUUAUUAAGGGAUGGGAUGUUGGUGUUAAUGGCAUGCGCGUAGGGGACAAACGAAGAAUCACAAUUCCUCCAGCUAUGGGCUAUGGGGCUAAAGGAUGUGGUCCGGCAAUUCCUCCUAACUCAUGGCUGGUCUUCGAUGUUGAGUUGGUAGAUGUUAACUAAUGCUAUUACAUUAAAAGAUGUUCGCAUUUAUGAUGCCUUGAGUUGGUAGUAAAAUGUAUAUCUUGUUUUCUUUGUUGAAGCAGCUUUGCUGCUUCAGUUUUGGUUUUGUAAUUGAUUGUACAAGAGUCAGCAGAAUUCGGGGAGAACAGAUCAAAGACUAUCUGUGCAACUGAGAUAUUUGAAAUCAUGAGGCAUAUUCUUCCAUAGACUGGAUAUAAACAGUUUUUAUCGGUUCUGUUGGAUUCAGGAACAAUUGGAAUUAUUUAAUCAUGUAUUCUUGUUUCUUUCA